UUGGGUUUGACCUCAUAUUAUAUGGUUUUUGGUAAAUCUAAAGCAAAACUCUCAAGAAAAUUGUAUAAUGUAUGGCCAGACUUAUACCCGCUGUGUCCUCCGAACACAGAGGAACACCGAUCAUUGUAGGGAGCUCUGUGCAAGGUCCCGAUCAUGUGAUCACUGAUUGGCCAAUCAUUGAUCGCAUGAAGAGUAGUAAGCAAGAUGUCACUUCUGACAUCAUUGCUUACUACUUGUGAAAUCUGGGAAUGAUCACAAAGGUCGAAUGGUACAAGGCUUUUCACAACAGCCUUGUACCAUGUGACAAGCUGUGACGAAUCAUAGCU